AUGUGCUGCAGCCUGCGGCUCGCUCCCUCUCUCAUCAGACAUCCCUUCUCCACUCCACCCUUUGUCCUCGCAGGUGAAGCUGCCUCCUGCCCACAGCCCUUCAUGCACAGGAGGGUUUUCUCUUCUUCCUGCAUUACUGAGCGUAGUGCCAUCCUGGAGGUACAGCUGGCUGCUUCCUGCAGCUCUGACAGCCCAGGCGGGCACCCACUGCACACUGAGAGCCGCUCCCAGCUCGGAGAGUGUUUUCUGUCCAUCAUCAUGGGAAUGCGGCUCCCAGGGCAGGAUUUGAAGACUGUCCUAUCUCUGCCCCAGCACCCAGGGGAGCUCCUGCACCCCGUGGUGUACGCGUGUACGGCAGUCAUGCUGCUGUGCCUCCUCACCUCCAUCAUCACCUACCUUGUGCACCAGAGUGCCAUCCGCAUCAGCCGGAAAGGCCGGCACAUGCUGCUGAAUUUCUGCUUCCACGCUGCUCUGACCUUCACGGUGUUCGCCGGCGGCAUCAAUCGCACCAAGUACCCCAUCCUGUGCCAGGCGGUGGGCAUCCUGCUGCACUAUUCCACGCUCUCCACCCUGCUGUGGAUCGGGGUAACCGCCAGGAACAUCUACCAGCAGGUGACCAAGAAGGCCCCACUGUGCCCGGGCGCAGAUCACCCGCCGUACCCCAAGCAGCCCCUGCUCAGGUUUUACCUCAUCAGCGGAGGGGUUCCUUUCAUCAUCUGCGGGGUCACGGCUGCAACAAACAUCAGGAAUUAUGGGACGGAGGACGAGGACAUGGCGUACUGCUGGAUGGCUUGGGAGCCCAGCCUGGGCGCCUUCUACGGGCCGGCCGCCUUCGUCACCCUGGUCACCUGCGCCUACUUCCUCGGCACGUGCGUCCAGCUGCGGCGCCACCCGGAGCGCAGGUAUGAGCUCAGGCAGCGGACGGAGGAGCGGCAGCGGCUGGCGGCGCCGGAGGGGGGCCCCGGCCAGGCCGCGCGGGCCGCCUCGCUGCUGCGGAACGAGCACUCCUUCGCCGCCCAGCUGCGCGCCGCCGCCUUCACGCUGCUCCUCUUCGCGGCCACGUGGACCUUCGGGGCGCUGGCCGUGUCGCAGGGCCACUUCCUGGACAUGGUCUUCAGCUGCCUGUACGGCGCCUGCUGCGUGACGCUGGGGCUGUUCGUGCUCAUCCACCACUGCGCCAAGCGCGAGGACGUGUGGCGGUGCUGGUGGUCGUGCCGCGGCCCCCGCGGGCGCACCCACACGGCCAAGCCCGGCGCCGGGCCCGCGCUCGACGCCAACGGCGACGCGCGGGGACACGCGGCCUGCCUGGGGACCUCGCCGCGCCUGGGCCGGCCGCGGGGCCUCGGCCACUGCAAGACGACCAACCUGCAGGCCGCCCAGGGCCGCCUCAGCUGCCUGUCGCCGGCCACGCCCUGUUGCGCCGCGGUGCACGGCGAGCCGCUGGCGGAGGACGAGGCCCGCGUGCACGUGCACGAGGAGGCCGCCUUCCAGCACGAGCCGCGGGCACACGGGCGCCUCGGGGGCGCCGCCGCCCCGCACUUCUUCAGCCAGCACCGCGCGGCCGCGGCCGGGCACGAGUGCGCCUGCCACAUCCCGUCCAGCGCGGACGGCAGCGCCCGCAGCUCGCGCAGCGACAGCCCGCCCAGCUCGCCCGAGGGCCCGGCCGGGCGCACGCUGGCCUGCUGCGCGCAGGGCGACCCCUUCCCCCUGGCCAGCCCGCCCGAGGGCAGCGACGCGGGGCCCGCACUGUACGGCUGCGCCCCGCGGCCCGGCAGGGAGGCGGCCCCCGGCCCGGCGCGCCUGGAGAUGCUCCGGAGGACACAGUCCCUGCCCUUCGGCGGCCCUGGCCCCAACGGGCUGCUCAAGGGGGACGCGCGAGAAGGCCGGCCCUACGGCACCGACGGGACGGGCAACAUCCGGACAGGGCCCUGGAAGAACGAGACCACCGUGUAG